AUGGAAGUGAAGAUGGAAAUCACUAAUGAAUUCUCACAGAAGUAUUCAGAUUUUCCCAAAGGCUCCUGUAUUCCGCUAGAAGACAGCAAAUUCGCGAAUCAAACAGUAAACGCCGUGGAAGAAGUAAAUACAGUUCCCGCACAAGCUCUUCUCUUGACCAAAGACAAUGAGACAGAAAAAAAUAACACCGUUCCAGUUAAACAUGAAGACUGGGUGGAAGUGGACAUUCAGAAAUAUCUGUUUCAAACAGAUGACAAUCCAGGACACUAA